AUGUCUUUGAUCAUACGUAUCUCUUGUUUGUUCACUGUUUUUAUGCGUUCUGCUUUUCUUUUCUUUCUUUCUUUUUUUUUGUUUGUUUCUUUUUUCCUUUCUUUCUAUAAUUGCUUCCUUUUUUUCUUUUUGAUAUUUUAUCGUCACUUUUCUUUUCUUUCUUUCUUUCUUUUUUCUUUCUUUCUUUCUUUCUUUCGUUUUUUCUUUCUUUUUUCUUUCUAUAAUUUCUCCCUUUUGAUUUUUGAUAUUUUUUUCCAUCAGUAUUCUUUUCUUUUCUUUCUUUCUUUCUUUUUAAUUUGUUUUUUUUUCUUUCUUUCUUUCUUUAUUCUUUCUUUCUUUCUUUCUUUCUUUCUUUCUUCCGUUUUUUUAUAUUUUCCCGUCAGUUUUCUUUUCUUUUCUUUAUUUGUCGUUUUCUUUCUUUAUUCUUUCUUUCUUUCUUUCUUUCUUUCUUUCUUUCUUUCUUUAUUUUCUUCCUUUUUCAUUUUUGAUAAUUUUCUCGUCAGUUUUUUUCUUUCUUUCUUUUUUCUUUCUUUCUUUCUUUCUUUCUUUCUUUGUAUACGUUCUUCCUUUUUAUUUUUGUUAUUUUUCUCGUCACUUUUCUUUUCUUUCUUUCUUUCUUUCUUUUUUUCUUUCUUUCUUUCUACAAUAUCUUCCUUUUUGUUAUUUUUCGCGUCAGUUUUCUUUACUUUCUUUCUUUCUUUUUUCUUUCUUUUUUCUUUCUUUCUCUGA